AUGUCCUCUGCUAUUCUACGGAUAAACAUAAACCAUGCUCACCGUGCGCAGGACUUGCUGGCACAGCGCAUGCGCGAAGACAGAGUGGAGAUUGCGGUCAUUGUGGAGCCAUGGUGGUUUCCUCCUGGGGAUGAGAGUUGGUUCUCAUCCCUAGGAGAGACAUCAAUCUCCGCGGUGCUUGUGGACGAAUGUGAAAGACCCUGUAGCAUGGUGCGUCGGGGUCGUUUUUACGUAGCCGUUAAAUGGGGGGACUCGCUGGUAGUUUCGAUCUAUUUUCCUCCCAGCGAGAACAUUAACAUGUUUUGUAGAAUCCUUGAUGAGAUCGAAGAGCUCUUAGCAACAUUCCCCACUCUCCCAGAGCUGGUGGCUGGCGACUUUAAUGCCCGGUUCAGCAGAUGGGACCCGGAAGGCAGGAGUAACCGUUGGAGUGAGUUGCUCUGCGGCUGGGCGAACAGAAUGAACCUGAGUCUGCUGACCCAGGUUGGCUGUCCAAUGUGUGUUCGACCACAGGGGUUGGGCGUUAUAUAUCUAACGUGGGGUACGCCGGCAGCUGGCGACCGCCUUUCGGACUGGAGGGUGGAUGAGACUGAGUCCCUGUCGGACCAUCUAUAUGUUAGAUUUAGCUAUAGUCACGAGGCCACAGAGGUCUGA